AUGGCCACCGUCAUGGAGAAGCCCGCGCCGAGGGACAUGUCCCACCACUAUUCACGCGUCACCAAUCGCCGCGCCGCAAGCCAGAUGAAGCAGUUUUACAAGUACUUCGCCAUUCCGGGCAUUGGUAAUCUUGCUGGAGGUCUUCCGAACCCCUCGUACUUCCCUUACGAUACUCUUGAAGCACAAACCGCGGUACCUGAUCGAUUCAAGCCAACUCCCAAUAAGCCUAUCGACCCGCCCGCAUCUUGGGAACCUCCAACGGCUUCGCGAGUGCUUGUGCCUCACGAUUCUGCCGAAACAAACAUCUUGCGCAAGAUUGAUCUGACGACCGCCUUGCAGUAUGGCACCGCGCAGGGAUAUCCCCCCCUCUACACUUUCAUCCGCUCUUUCACACAGACAAACUUACAUCCCAAUGUUCCGUACAAAGGAGGUCCGGAGGUCAUCCUUACCUGCGGCUCCACAGACGGCUUCGCCAAGACCAUUGAAUGCUUCAGCAACGUCUGGGAUGAGGAGAGAGAUUGGAUCCGAGAAAGAGAGGGGAUCUUAUGCGAAGAAUUUGCCUACAUGAACGCCAUCCAGGCAGCUCGACCUCGAGGACUCAAUGUCGUGCCGGUGGCUAUUGACGACGAAGGGAUGAUGGCGUAUGGCAAGGGAGGGCUCCAGGACGUCUUGGUCAAGUGGGAUAAGAAUCAGGGUAAGAGACCGCACUUGAUGUACACCGUGACGAUGGGUCAGAAUCCGACCUCUGGCCUGCUCUCUUUACAGAGGCGAAAGGAAAUCUACGGCUUGUGCCAAAAGUACGACAUUAUCAUUGUAGAGGAUGACCCCUACUGGUACCUGCAAUAUCCGUCAGCAAACGAGCUCUCGUUGGAGGCCAGAGGAAAAGUGAUCUCGGAGAAUUUCCCGAUCGGCCCGCACAACUACAACACACAUUCAGGAGGUAAAUCAAGCGGGUUUCCCUUCUUGGAUAGCCUUGUCCCUUCUUACCUCGCCGUCGACGUGGAUGGCAGAGUAGUGCGCUUGGACACUUUCAGCAAGACUGUCGCGCCAGGCUGCCGAUUGGGGUGGGUCACAGCUCAACCUGCAGUGGUGGAGAGGAUCCUGCGCAUCACCGAGACGAGUACUCAACAGCCUAGUGGAUUUGUACAAAGCAUGAUCGCAGAGCUUCUUAUGGGCCCAUCAGCAAAGGGCGACGCAGGUAAGGGAGGCAGCAAGGACGGAAGUGGGUGGAAAGCUGAUGGCUGGAUUCGAUGGCUUGAGGGGCUGAGAGGCAAUUAUGAGAGGCGCAUGCAGCUGAUGGCAUCGACUCUCGAGGAAGGAAAACACCUCAUCCAGGACUCGAAGCCCAAGUCGAAUGCAUUUGCACCGGACGACGUCGAAUAUGAGGUCGUGCACAAGACACAAAUGUACGACUUUGUUCAUCCUAUGGCCGGCAUGUUUCUUUGGUUGCAUGCCAGGUUUGAGACACAUCCUCUCUUCAACGAGAUUGACCACGAACGACUAUACCGGGCACUGUGGAUUCUUCUCACAACUGAGCCGUAUCUGGUUCUCGUGGCUCCCGGGCAGAUGUUUUCCCCUACGCCCGAGAUUGCCAAAGAGAAGGGCUGGCAGUACUAUCGACUGUGUUUUGCCGCGGUGGACGACGAUGUGAUCAAGAAGCACAGUGACAACAUCGUUGCCGCGUUCCGACAUUUCUGGACCAUUGAAGAUGUCAAGGAGAUUGACAGGCUUAUCGAUGGAGAUGACGAGAGUUUGGAGGCAAGGUUGGGCGAACUCGCCAUGCAGAACCAGGUGAGCUCCAACGAGUCUUCGUCGCCCUUCUCGAAGCCUCCAACACUGACACAGACCCUACAGGGCUCAUUUGCGACAAACCCAAUCAUCUGCUGA